AUGAAUAAUACUGCAACUUCAAAACUCUAUUACGUUACCACGGUGUUAAAACAACAAUUUUUUGUGAAAUGUAGAAUUGUUUUUUACCCUUCGUUACGUUAUAAAACUAAUCUUUCUAUAAUCAUGGCUACAAAAUGCUUUAAAGGGUAUACUGACCAUUACAAUGGCGUAACCAUUAGCUCAAAAGAAGAAUUUUGUACGUCUGAAGUAUUCACUCAUCGUCUUACAGCAUCUUUACAACAGUGGAUACAAAAUAAAAAACGUACAAUAUGGUUUCGUGUCUAUUUACCACAUUCAGAGUGGAUACCAUUACUUGUAAAGGAAGGCUUUAUAUUUCAUCAUGCCAAACAAGAAUAUGUUAUGCUUUAUCGAUGGUUAGUUAAGAAUGAAGAAUGCAAUGUUCCACAUUAUGCACAUACAAAUUUGGGAAUUGGAGGAUUUGUAUAUAAUCAGGAGACUAAAGAAAUUUUAGUUAUCAAAGAAAAAUAUUCAAAUAGAGCAGCUAUGUGGAAAUUGCCAGGUGGUUAUGUGGAACCAGGAGAAGAUUUGGAAAACGCUGUGAAAAGAGAAAUUCUGGAAGAAACUGGUAUUCAAACUACUUUUAAAUGUAUAAUAGGCUUUAGACAUGUUCAUGAUUAUGCAUUUGGAUGUUCUGACAUAUAUAUGGUUGCUUAUUUAUCUCCUGUUACUUGUGAUAUUAAAAAAUGUGAAAAAGAAGUUUCUGAAUGCAAAUGGAUGAAGGUAAACGAUUAUUUAAACCAUCCAGAAGUAUAUGAAAGUAAUAAAAUAAUUGUAAAGAAAAUGUUGGAGAUUUUCAAACAUGGAAUGGGAAUUGUUGUGGAACAUACAAUACAACCUGUAACAAACAAACCUAGUUGCAUAUAUAGCAUAUCCAAAAUUAAUCUAUAGUAGUACCUAAAAUAAUUAAAAUACACAUAUGAACAAUUAAUUUUAUAGAUUGAAAUACAA